AUAUAUCCCAGAAUCCCAGAAUGCUUAUCCCAGAAAAAAAGAUAUUUUUUAAGAAGCUCUCUCUGCAAGUCUUUCUUAAGGUUCCACCAUUAGCUCGAGGAACUUUAAUUUCCCAAGAGAUGAUGUCCAAGAACUUUCACAGGCGUAAAAGUUCCUCCAGUGCUUUGUGAUCUGCAUUUCCACUGAAGGGACAAAGUACAGUGGCCACUAAUGACAAGUAAUGGCCCAGUUCCAGGAAGUAUCAAAGCAGUCCAGUCAGCACCCAAAACCGGCAGGGUUGGUUUUGCAGUAUGGAACCGCUGGCUUCAGGACCAGCGCCAAACUGUUGUACCACAUCAUGUUUCGGAUGGGACUGCUGGCCACGCUCCGCUCGAAAAAGACCAAAGCCACCAUCGGAGUCAUGGUCACUGCAUCACACAACCCAGAGGAAGACAAUGGGGUGAAGCUCAUUGACCCCAUGGGAGAGAUGGUGACACCGUCGUGGGAGGGCUACGCCACCCAGCUGGCUAACGCAGAGCAGGACGAUCUACUCAAUGUUCUGAAAGACAUUAUAGAAAAGGAGGCUGUAAACAUGAGCCAGGAGGCUAAUGUUUUUGUGGGCAAAGAUACCAGGGGCAGCAGUGCCAGCCUGUCACAGGCAGUAUUGGAUGGAGUGUCUGCUCUCGGUGGUCACAGUAAAGACUAUGGUUUGGUGACCACCCCACAGCUCCACUACAUGGUUUGCUGUCAGAACACACAGGGCAAAUAUGGAGAGGCCACAGUGGAAGGAUACUACCGCAAACUGUGCCAGGCUUUCAUCCAGCUCAUCAAGAAUGCUACCAACUGUACAGACGACCAGAAGCACCUGUGUGUGGAUGGUGCUAACGGCAUCGGGGCUCUGAAGGUGCUUGAGAUGGAGAGUCAUCUGAAGAGUGAGCUGCAGAUUUCUCUCUUCAACGACGGCAGCAAAGGAAAGCUCAACCACCAGUGUGGGGCCGACUUUGUCAAAGUGCAGCAGAAACCUCCCACAGGUAUUAAGAUCAACCCAGGGGAGCGUUGUUGCUCCUUUGACGGUGACGCCGACCGAAUAGUUUAUUACUACACUGACUCCGAGGGAGAAUUUCACCUGCUGGAUGGAGACAAGAUAGCUACUGUCAUCGUCACUUUCCUUAAAGAGCUGAUCACACAGGCUGGUUUAGACUUGAAGAUAGCGGUGGUGCAAACAGCUUAUGCUAACGGCAGCUCCACACACUAUCUGGAGGACACGAUGAAGGUAAUAGUGAGGUGUACUAAGACUGGAGUGAAGCACCUUCACCAUGCAGCCCAGGAGUUUGAUGUUGGUGUGUACUUUGAGGCCAAUGGCCAUGGAACUACAUUGUUCAGUAAGGCGGCUGAAGAGAAGAUCCAGCAGCUCACUGAGGACCCCAACACUAACGACGAGAGGAAGAGAGCAGCUCGCCUGCUGAAGAACACUAUCAACGUCAUAAACCAGACUGUAGGUGACGCCAUUUCCGACAUGCUGCUGAUUGAAGCUAUAUUAGCCAUCAAGGGUAUGACUGUCCAGCAGUGGGAUGCUAUCUACACUGACCUGCCUAACAGGCAGCUUAAAGUCAAGGUUUCAGACCGCAGAGUGAUAGACACGACUGAUGCAGAGAGACGGGCGGUGAGCCCAGCAGGGCUGCAGGAGGCCAUUGACAGUUUAGUGAAGAAGCACAAACUGGCGCGCUCGUUUGUGAGACCCUCCGGCACCGAGGACGUGGUGAGAGUUUACGCCGAGGCAGACACACAGGAGAGUGCUGAUGCCCUUGCACAUGAGGUCAGCCUUGUAGUUUAUCGCCUCGCGGGGGGAGUGGGAGAUGAACCCAAACCAUUGCACUAGAAACACAUUCACAUGAUAUUGAUCCAUGUCUAAAUUGGUGCUUUUUGAAUGAAAUCUUUUGUACAUCAUUGUAUGCAACUCUGAUUUAUCAAAAUUGUCUGUUUUUGGGGAAGGGGGAAAAUUAUUUUGUACUCCGAAUUGCACUAGGUACUUUACUCUACUUUUCUAUUUCUUGAUAUUUUUCUGUCAUUAUGAACAUGGAACACACUGGGGGAGACAAUGAAGGGAUUUUAUGCAAUUUUACAUAACACUGCUCUCGACUUGUUAUUGUAUCUCCAACAGGCAGCCAUGUGCCUAAUUAUGGGUUUCCAUGUAAUUUGCUUAGCUGUAUAUACGUAUGCCAUAAUUAAAACAUCAGUUGUCUGCACAAACAAAUUAAGAGAGAGGGUUUCAGUUAAUGUUUAGUUAUGAUGUAACACUGCACAUUCACUGUAAUUUCUUUGCUUUUCAAACCAUUGAAAUCAAAAGUUUACAGAGGGAAUUGUAUCAGCUGUACUUCCUUGAAUAUUUUAUGGAAAGACUGUGCUGCUCUAGUCGAAAUAAACAAUGGGAAAACAGAGAACAGUUUGCAAUG